CACACACACACCCUCUCUCACUCACACACUCUCUCUCUCUCUCUCUCUCUCUCUCACACACACACCCUCUCUCUCUCUCUCUCUCACACACACACACACACACCCUCUCUCACACACACACACACACACACACACACCCUCUCUCUCUCUCUCUCUCUCUCACACACACACACACACACACACACACCCUCUCUCACUCACACACUCUCUCUCUCUCUCUCUCACACACACACCACACACACACACACACACACACACCCUCUCUCACUCACACACUCUCUCUCUCUCUCUCUCUCUCUCUCUCACACACACACACACAGUAACCGUAAGAGCAGAGCAGCGCGGGGACUGUGAGCGGGUUGUGACAUGAAGCUGAGAGCCGGAGCGCGGGGUGAGCGGCUCAACCGGAGCGCGCGCUGACAAACAGACCGAGGCAGCUCAGAGAUGCAGAGCCAUCAGCGUUCAGCUCACUCCUGUUAUUUGUGUUAUUCGACUGUUUGCUUAACUGGGUGUCCUGGAUCUCUCAGUCACACCCUGUGUGUGUUCAGACCAAGCUGCCACCAUCAGCUCUGUACACAGGGUUAAAUGCUGGACCUGGCUGAGCAAAGCAGCACAGCAAAACCACCAGGAAGCCAAGCAGGAUGUCUUGGGUCAGCGGCUUUUUAGUCACCCGUGCGGAUGAGCACAAGACGGCGUGGGGCGAGAGGAAUGGCCGUAAGCGGUGGCGUAAGAGGGACUGGCGCCGACGCUACAUGAGCUGCCUGGCUGACCCCGAAGCCGCCGAAGCUCCGCCUCACGCAGGAGCCGGCGCUGGUACGAGCACCUUCAGCACACGCUGUGUCUGGCAAGAGGACCACUACGGGAAGAAAGGAGAUCUGACCAUCGAGGAUGGCGAAUCCAAGAGGAUGAAGGAGGAAGACGAGGACGAGAAGGAAGAGGACAGGGAAGUAGGCACGGCCGUUUUAGGGUGCCUGUCGCAGCUCGCACACGUUUUCCAGUCCAAGCAGUUCGAAUCGGCCAAACUGGAGCGCCUCUACCAGCGCUAUUUCUUCCGGUUGAACCAGAGCUCUUUGACCAUGCUCAUGGGUGUGCUCGUGCUCGUGUGUGGACUCAUGCUGACAUUUCACUGUGUGCUCAGGACUCAGGACGUAAAUGUCGCCUACGUGUCGGUACUUUCUGUAGCAAUGGCACUCUUCCUGUCCAUGAUGGUGGUGUGUAACCGCACCGGCUUCCACCAGGACUACAUGUGGAUAGUGAGCUACCUGGUCGUGAUGGUCCUGGGGGUGGUGCAGGCGUUCGGCGUCUUCAUGGUGGAACCACGCAGUGCCUCCGAGGGCGUCUGGACUUCCGUGUUCUUCGUCUAUAUCAUCUACACACUGCUGCCCGUGCGCAUGACAGCGGCCGUGCUGAGCGGAGUGGCGCUCUCGUCCAUCCACCUGAUCACAGCCUGGAGACUCAACCUGGAGGACAGCUUCCUCUGGAAACAGUUAUGUGCAAAUGCACUGAUUUUCCUUUGCACCAACAUCAUUGGGAUCUGCACACACUACCCAGCUGAGGUGUCCCAGAGACAAGCGUUUAAAGAGACAAGAGGCUACAUUCAAGCCCGGCUCCACCUGCAGAGAGAGAACCAGCAGCAGGAGCGCCUUCUGCUUUCGGUACUGCCCCGGCAUGUUGCCAUGGAGAUGAAGGAAAAUAUAAACGCCAAGAAGGAAGAUAUGAUGUUCCACAAGAUCUACAUACAGAAACACGACAACGUCAGCAUCCUUUUCGCAGACAUCGAAGGCUUCACCAGUUUGGCGUCGCAGUGCACAGCGCAGGAGCUGGUGAUGACACUUAAUGAACUGUUUGCUCGUUUUGACAAAUUAGCCUGGGAGAACCACUGUCUCAGGAUAAAGAUCCUGGGCGAUUGUUACUACUGUGUGUCUGGCUUGCCCGAGCCGAGAGCAGAUCACGCUCACUGCUGUGUCGAGAUGGGAGUGGACAUGAUCGAGGCCAUAUCAUUGGUGAGAGAAAUCACAGGGGUCAAUGUGAACAUGCGGGUGGGGAUCCACAGCGGGCGUGUGCACUGCGGGGUUCUGGGACUACGCAAGUGGCAGUUUGAUGUCUGGUCCAAUGACGUCACACUGGCCAACCAGAUGGAGGCUGGAGGCAAAGCAGGACGUAUCCACAUCACUAAAGCUACACUGCAGUAUUUGAAUGGAGACUAUGAGGUGGAGCCGGGCUUUGGCGGAGAGAGGAACGCCUACCUCAAAGACAACAAUAUUGAGACCUUCCUGGUGCUGGGCUGCAGCCAGAAAAGGAAAGACGAGAAGGCUGUGAUGGCUAAGCUGCAGCGUGCCAGAGCCAACUCAUCUGAUGUGUUAAUGCCCCGCUGGGUGUCUGACAGAUCCUUCUCCAGGACCAAAGACUCCAAAGUUUUCAGGCAGAUGGGCAUUGACGAAGCCUCAAGCAAAGACAACCGAAGUGCUCAGGAGGCCCUGAACCCAGAGGAUGAGGCCGACGAGUUUUUGGGACGUGCCAUCGACGCUCGCAGCAUCGAUCAGCUACGCAAGGACCACGUCAAAAAGUUCCUGCUCAGGUUCCAGACACCGAUUCUGGAGAAGAAGUACUCUAAGAAGGUGGACGAUCGAUUCGGGGGUUAUGUGGCUUGUACCCUGGUGGUGUUUUGCUUCAUCUGCUUUAUUCAGAUCACCAUUUUUCCACACACAACACUAAUGCUUGGCAUCUUCAUCAGUAUCUUUAUAAUCCUUGCCAACAUCCUCUUCGUAUGUGCCAUCUACUCCUGUAUUAAGCUCUUCCCUGUGGUCUUGCAAACAGUGUCAAAGAAGAUAGUCGAGUCUCGCACGAACAGCACGUUAGUAGGAAUCUUCACCAUCCUGCUUCUGUACCUCUCAGCGUUUGCCAACAUGUUUACAUGUGAGACGGAGGAUCUGAUUCAGUGUGUAGCACAGGACCGGAACAUCAAUGAGAGCGCCGUGACACUGUGUAUCCUGCACAACCUGACCCACACAGCAGACGACACACUCACACUCUGUCCCAACCACAAAAUACCGUGUCCUUUCCCUGAGUAUUUCACCUACAGUGUGCUGCUGACUCUGCUGGCCUGCUCUGUCUUCCUGCACAUCAGCAGUAUAGGCAAGCUGGCAUUAAUGCUGCUCAUUCAGCUCAGCUUCCUGCUGCUGGUCGAGUGGCCUCUCGUGGUGCUGUUCGAUAACGCCGACCUGCUGGUGUCUGCCAACGCACUGUCUGGUUUCAAUAAAACAGAGCCUUGCCCUGAGACUGAGAGUGAGAAGGUGCCGCUGAAGAUGAUGACUCCAGUAAUCCUCACCGUAUUUGUGCUGGCGCUGUAUCUGCACGCACAGCAGGUCGAAUCCACCGCACGCCUCGACUUCCUGUGGAAACUGCAGGCUACAGAAGAGAAAGAAGAGAUGGAGGAGCUGCAAGCUUAUAACCGUCGUCUCCUUCAUAACAUCCUGCCGAAAGACGUGGCUGCCCACUUCCUGGCCCGAGAGCGCCGCAACGAUGAGCUUUACUACCAGUCAUGUGAGUGUGUGGCGGUGAUGUUUGCCUCUAUCAGUAACUUCUCCGAGUUCUACACAGAGCUCGAGGCCAAUAACGAGGGCGUGGAGUGUUUGAGACUGCUCAACGAGAUCAUCGCUGACUUUGACGAGAUCAUCAGUGAAGAUCAAUUCAAGCAGCUAGAGAAGAUUAAAACGAUAGGAAGCACGUACAUGGCAGCGUCGGGAUUGAACGACUCCACGUUCGACAGAGAGGGCCGAUCGCACAUCUUGGCACUCGCUGACUACGCCAUGAGGCUCCGAGAGCAGAUGAAGUACAUCAACGAGCACUCUUUCAACAACUUCCAAAUGAAGAUCGGACUAAACAUCGGGCCUGUGGUAGCUGGAGUGAUCGGAGCCAGAAAGCCACAGUACGACAUCUGGGGGAAUACAGUCAAUGUGGCGAGUCGUAUGGACAGUACAGGAGUACCGGAUCGCAUCCAGGUGACCACCGAUCUGUACCACGUGUUAGCCAGUAAAGGCUACCAGCUGGAGUGCCGAGGCCUCGUCAAAGUCAAGGGGAAAGGAGACAUGACCACUUACUUUCUCAACAGUGGCCCGUCUGGCAGUUAACACUGACCACACGCCUCCGGUUGCACUGAAGUGAACAGAGGUGAAACUCUGAAUGAAUGGAACGUCAAGCGCACUUUUUUCUUUUUCUUUUUUUGCCAGUUUGGAGUAUAACCACUGAAGGGCUCGCAGCUGAGUCACGUAACGGAGGUGUUGAACACAUGCACACACUGAGAAGAUGUUCUCAUUCUUAGCUGCUCUCACAGACUGCCUGACCGAGUGAGCUGUCUAAGAGCUGUGGCCUUAGAUGGAAACGAGAAGGAUCGCAUUUCAAAAUGUUUUUGACUUUUUCGAUUUUUAAAGAAACACUUUAAUGACAAAAAAAAACAACGACUAAUAAUAAUGCACAAACACACAUAUAUAUGCAAGGAUGAAGUAAGAAUGCAGAUGACCAAAGAACAAAAAUGUUUGAUAUAGGAACACAACACGUUUCAUAUGUCUGAACAGUUGACAGAUUGACUGAUUUUUUUUUUUUUUUUUAAAUGAUUGUCAACACGACCACGCAUUUUGUUCUCUGAUGCAAUUAAGACUUUUUCUUGCCAUGUACAAUGAAGGCUUCAGACACCAGAGAGGGAUUUAAAAUAACUUUUAUUCGUGGAUUAUUGGUACGUUUUUAUAGUGUUUUGGGGACUCUGGGAACCAUGAAACGAAGAAACUGUAUGAAGGACAAACAUUGACAUCGGGCAUGGGAAACGUAUUUUAUUGUUUAUGUUGUCGUAAGUUAAAUAUGUGUGUGUGUGUGUGUGUGUGUGUGUGUGUGUGUGUGUGUGUGUGUGUGUGUGUGUGUGUGUGUGAGAUAUAGUGAGAGAGUGAGUGAAUGUGAAUCCAUUGUCAUCUUUAAAGGGCAUAACUUGUCACUGUGAGAUUUAUAUUAUAAUCUAUGUGCAAUUACUUUAUUGCCAAAUCGACUGCUCCCAGGCAUGUCUGACUUUCAUUAUCAAGAUUUCUUUCUCUGUUCAUUCCUCGUAAAUGACUUCAUUUCCUUAGUUUUUAUUCCAAUUCCUCGUUUCAUUUUCAAAGAAAUAGCUAGCAGAGAUGUUGCCACACUGCUGUUUUUAAUGCUUAACACAACACACUCACCAUAUUUUGACCCUUCCGAUAACAAGUUUUCAGUCUACAACAGGGGUGUCAAGCUCAUUUUUCGGUAAUUAGACUCAGUCCGAUGUCAAGUGACCAAAAAAAAAACAGUUCAGUGACCAAUAACUCCUCCGAAACGUGUUCGUUCCGGACUCCGAAUAUGUAUUUAUGUCUAAGAUACUGUACGUUCUGAACACACAAACAGAUUGAACAUACAGUAUAUCACAUACACUACCGUUCAAAAGUUUGGGGUCACUUUGAAAUGUCCUUAUUUUUGAAAGAAAAGCACUGUUCUUUUCAAUGAAGCUCACUUUAAACUAAUCAGAAAUCCACUCUAUACAUUGCUAAUGUGGUAAAUGACUAUUCUAGCUGCAAAUGUCUGGUUUUUGGUGCAAUAGGUGUAUAGAGGCCCAUUUCCAGCAACUCUCACUCCAGUGUUCUAAUGGUACAAUGUGUUUGCUCAUUGCCUCAGAAGGCUAAUGGAUGAUUAGAAAACCCUUGUACAAUCAUGUUAGCACAGCUGAAAACAGUUGAGCUCUUUAGAGAAGCUAUAAAACUGACCUUCCUUUGAGCAGAUUGAGUUUCUGGAGCAUCACAUUAAUUUGUGGGGUCGAUUAAAUGCUCAAAAUGGCCAGAAAAAUGUCUCGACUAUAUUUUCUAUUCAUUUUACAACUUAUGGUGGGAAAUAAAAGUGUGACUUUUCAUGGAAAACACUAAAUUGUCUGGGUGACGCCGAACUUUUGAAUGGUAGUGUACAAAACAAAAUUGUGGACUUACCAUACAGUGUGUCGCAUAAGUAUCCCCCCCCCCCCCCCCGUCCGCCAUUUUGUCACAUUACACCCUAAACAGACCUAACAGUGACUGUGUCAAAAUUAUUUGUUUAGCACAUUGUCAGAAGCUGAUUAUAUGGCCCUGAUUUUUUCAAUUUUUAACUUAAACCCCAAAUUCUAAAAAUCGUUGACACCCCUUGAUCUACAACAUGUGAUCAGGCAAAGCCACCAAGUGUGUAAACAUGUUUGUUAAACGUACACCCAUUCCAGCAGCUGUCUAAAGCUCGAAAGAGCGACACACAUUGAAAUGAUUAUAUAAUAUAACGCUGGGAAACACACUGAUCUCUGAAAAAGUGUUGCUAUCAGGACAAAAUGUUCCCACUUUAGCAUUAUCACCCAGCAGCAAUACACACAAUCUGACACGGACAUCAGGUAUCAGUCUGACACUGUACUCAUACUCGUAAAUGUUAUGUCAAACAAAUUCGACAAGAAGGGGGGAAAAAAGGAAGUCCUUUGACAAUUUAAUGGCAACAAUAAACUAUCUGAACUCA